UCGCAGCCCGCUUUCGGUCCCCUCGAUUGCCUGUUCCGGCGAGGAGGAUGAAAAUAGGGGGGCUGAGCGAACGGCCUACCGCCGAAUGUUUUGCCCUAUUGUUCAGAAUGUCGCGGAAAAUGAGGGAUUUGCAGUGAGAUUUCAAUCGGAUGAAAAGCGGGCUCUCCGGCGGCGAUGCGCUCUAUGCUUAUCGGGAUGGGCCUUUGCCAGGAGCGCAGACUGCGGUAAUACCGGUGGAAAACGUCGAGGGAACCAACGGACGGCUCUUUGUCAUGGACAUGCAAGCCUCGAAUGUGUUUACUCCCAUCCCUGGAUAUUCCGAGCUAGGGAUGAUAUGGAUGGGGGAUGUGAUGGUGCACAGGGAGGCCACUCAUGAGCUCACCAUGUUGGAUCCCAGUCACACCGAAAACUCCUUUUACUCGCACAGUUCGCAUCCCUACGAAGACAUCGGAAGUCACAUCACACCUACCACCAUGGUACGCUAUAUACCCCAACAAUUCUCAAACGAAUGUCCCGAACCUGAUGAAGCGAUGGAGGCUGCGGAUGCCGCUGAGAUACAGCAAGAAUAUGACUCACAAGCCGAAAGAUCGGAAAUGAGCGAAUAUUUGACACUGGAAGACUAUAUAGGCGACGAGGAGCGUGAGCAAAUUGUGAACAAUGCGGCGACUCAAACUACUCAAGACAAUCGCAAUCGGAAGAUAAAGCCUAUAAAGCAUCCCGGACUCAUAUUGAAAACACCAAUUGCUUACCAACCUCACACCGAUUUGAAUUUCAUUCCUAUUCGCAAAGAUGGUAUAGCUGUUUGUGAAAAAUGCGGCGCUAUUGGCGUCAAGCACGCAUUUUACACAAAAGAGCGUAGAUUUUGCAGCAGGGCUUGCGCGCGUUCCUCGGAACAUACCGCUGAUUCGACGUAUCCGUCUUUGGUGGAUCAGCUGGCGUCUGGCCGGUACCAAAUGUCUCUUAAACAAAACGCCUCCGAAACAAAAGCACCAAUGGAUGUGGUUGUAAAGGAAGAAGUGGAUACCAAGGAACCUAUUGAGCUGGAGAAAGACAAGGUGAAGUUAGAGCCGGUAAUGCCUGAAGAUUUACCAGUCAGAAGGAAGAGAACGGCUGACAUGGCUGGCUCUUAUGACUGGACGUCGCAGCUUACCGAGACUGGGUUUUGUGCGGCGCCAGUUUCUUGUUUUAAACAUGCUCCUAUAUCAGAAAUAUGGGACAAUAUUACAGUAGGUAUGAAGGUAGAGGUAGAGAAUACCGACUGUGAUGAGGUGUGCGAGGCUUUCCCGGACUCUUUCUGGGUUGCAACUGUAUUACGUAUAUGCGGAUAUCGAGCUCUGUUGAGGUACGAGGGUUUCGGGCACAAUGCGGACAAAGAUUUCUGGGUGUCUCUUUGCUCGAACGACAUUCAUCCUGUCGGUUGGUGUGCUACUAUUGGGAAGCCUCUUAUUCCACCCAACACAAUCGCAGACAAGUACAAAGACUGGAAGGAUUUCCUGAUGAGGCGAUUGACCGGGGCGAGAACGUUGCCGACGAAUUUUUACAACAAGGUGAACGACAGCAUGAAGUCCCGCUUCAGAUGCGGCCUCCACUUGGAAGUAGUGGACAAGAAUCGAAUCUCGCAGGUGAAGGUGGCGACGAUACAGAAGAUCGUCGGCAAGCGUCUUCAUGUACGAUAUUACGACUCGCCUCCGGAGGAUAAUGGAUUUUGGUGCCACGAGGACUCGCCUCUCAUACAUCCCGUCGGUUGGGCCAAAAGAGUGGGUCAAGCGUUGGACGCGUAUCCCGAAUACCUGAGCCGUGUCUCCAGGUGUAAAUUGUCCGAGGACGAUGCGACGGAGGGUCUCUUUUACGUGCCAAAGAAUUACCACGCGCAUCUGGGGUACAUGUUCAAGGAGGGGAUGAAGAUAGAAGCGAUCGAUCCGCUGAAUCUUUCGGCCAUAUGCGCGGCGACGAUAAUGCAGGUUUUGAAGGAGGAGUACAUCAUGAUACGUAUCGACAGUUACGACGAGGAUGCCAGCGGCGCUGAUUGGUUCUGCUAUCACUCGUGCUCGCCCUGUAUCUUCCCGGUUGGCUUCUGCUCCCAGCACGGUCUACCGCUGACGCCGCCAAAGGGUUACGAUCCCACCGCGUUCACGUGGGACGCCUAUUUCACGGAGACCAACACCACACCCGCUCCCAGGCAGUUAUUCAAUCGGGAAAUUCCCCAGCAUGGAUUUAUCGAGGGGAUGAGGCUGGAGGCCGCGGACUUGAUGGAUCCUAGAUUAGUUUGCGUCGCUACUAUCACCAGGGUGAUUGGCAGGUUACUACGAGUACACUUUGACGGUUGGGAGGACGAAUACGAUCAAUGGUUAGAUUGUCAAAGCCCGGACAUUUAUCCCGUCGGAUGGUGCGAUCUGGUCGAUCACAAAUUGGAAGGGCCGCGCGUACUCGCUAAAAACACUAGUCCUACUGUAAAAUCACCGAGAGGCCUUAAACGUAAAGCUAAGAGAAAACUGAAGAAAGGCAAGUUAUCUUGCGCGAAAAAUAUACUACCUCGUCAGAGCGAACGUAUUAGUAUGGCUCGCGAGCGCGAACGGGAAUUGGAGCCCGCUCAAGGCACGAAGAUCGAGAGGGAGCGCGAUCUGGAGAGUUUGCCGGAGCAGAGAAGCAGAGAACCGGAACCGGCGGAAGAACCAGCCGGGCCCGACCAAACUUUACCGAGCCCGACCACCGGGCAAGGUCAAGCGUUGAACGACACUCAGAGCGAGGUGCAGAAUCCUUCGCCUCCCAGAGAAAGAACCGCCACAUCAUACGUCAACGUUACUACGGCGAGUAGUAAAUACAUACCAAGGUUAGCCGAUGGUGUGCACAAAAGUUCGGAAUCUGGUGACUUAGUGCCAUCUGAAUGGAAUGUCUUCGACGUUGCGCAAUUCCUUCGUGUCAACGAUUGUGCGACGUACUGCGACAACUUCAGCAAACGUAAAAUAGACGGGAAGACAUUACUGACACUGACUAAGGACCAAAUAAUAGACUUGACCGGCUUCAAGGUCGGACCGUCUUUAAAGAUUUACGAUUUAAUUCAGCAAUUGAAAAUCAAAGUGAAUCCAGCUCAGGAAAGGUUGAAAUUAGGAUUGAAGAAAUUAUUAUAACAAAACUAGUACAUAUAUAGUUAGUUGUAUGAACACAAGUUUCAUCUCAUUAUACAAAUUACACAUGGAUUUACAGGUAAGGCAUGUGAAGUAACGGCGCGUUGAAAUCACCCCCCCUUCCCCCCGCCCUCCCCCCCGUCUCACUAUGGUAUCGCAUACGUUAUUUGUUAUACACUUUACUAAUGUACUGAAACAAAAUGUUUGUAUGUAGUUUCUUUAUAGUCUAAAAAAUGAUGGCGCAAAAUUUAGAUGCCGUGUGAUUACUAUGAGUUCGAAAGAGAUCGUUCCAUUCUGGAAAGCAAUUUCAUCAUUAAUUCGAUCGUGUGUUUCGCACUAAUUUCAUUAACCGAUUGCAGUCUCGAGAACAUGAUUUCACGAUCGAUGCGGAUAACGGCGCGAGAACUCGUUAGAAUCUCGGGAAAAGGCGGUGACAAACUAGGAGAUCCGAGAUCUUGUUGCGUGUCUUUUCUCUAAUUGUGAAAAGAUCCGAAUCGAGACGCGUUUAAAUCGGUAGUAUUACAAAUGGUUAUACAAAUAGACGAGCCUCGAGUUUAGACACAUUUAUCGCUAACACACAUGAUAUGUGAAUAUGAAACAUAAAAAAUACAUGCAAAAUAUAAAUACAUAUAUUUUAAUUCAUGUCAUUUCUUUCGUACAUUAAUAAUUUAAACAUGCAUUUAGUGUCGUAAAUCGCACAGAAAAUUAAAGAGCAUUUUGUACGCCGAAUUGCCAAUUUGCCGCAUUGUUCAGACAGAAUUUGGAUUCGAAAUGCAACUUUCGUACACGUUAUUAAAUCUUGUCAAUUAACGUAGUGGUUACCAGUGACGAUAUAGUUUCAUCGACGCAACUCUGGCUUACGUGUAUAAUACGGGAAAUAAAUGGCGACUCUCCAGCGUAAAACUGCGUUCCAGAAUGGACUUAAGAGUAGUCAUGACAGCAUCUAUUUUUUUAUAUAAUGUCCAUAUAGAGAGUAUGGUAGAAGAGAUUUGAAAUUAACAUUUUUUCACAAUAUGUGAUGAUGUCAUACAUUUUAUAUAUAUAAUAUAUAUAAAUAAAAAUAUAAAUAUAUAUUUAUACCUGAUACGUGUAAGGAAAGCUCGAUGUAUAUAUAUUGCACUUAUGCAUAUUCAUAAACACACGUGACAUAUUUUUUGUAACGCUUUUUUUUUUUCUUUCUUUCUUUUACCGAAGUUUCUCUUCCACGAACUACACGGCAUUAUUUGUAAAUCCAUGCUGCUCCACGUUGCAUCGCAUUAGGACGCAUCAGCCAUACUUGCAGAUAAACGCCAGAUAUUGAGAUGGUUUCUCCCUGUAUAAGACAAGACAAGAGUUCCGAGCGCGUAUUUUACGCAGAGUAAAUUAAUACAGAUAUAUUGAAAAUAUAUGAAAAACUAACCGCGCAAAGUACAAAGGAUAAUUUUCUUUAUCGAUCCAAUAUCCGAUUGAUGUUAAACUUGUUGACGGAUGAUACACACAGCGUUUACAGGGAGAUAUAGUUCUGUCUAUUUUAAUAAAUCUCUAUCAAUUCACUCUGUAUCUCAUACACAUACAGGGGAGAUGUAUACUCUUACAGUUGUAUAUAAUAACCAGAGAGAGAGAGAGAGAGAGAGAGAGACGAGAGGUUUGAACAUUAGACGUCUAAGUCUUGUAUAUAUACGUAUAUAGCGUGAUGUUAGGUUUAGUCAUUCUCUCUGCAACCAUGACACGCCUUAUAAGGCGCAAAACUAUCGUAUAGAGUGGCUGAUGCGUGCGUGCGGCAUAUAUAGUAUGCAUAUAUUGCUUAAUCAUCUCGACGACGAAUCAAAGCAAUCGAAGCUAAAGGAUACCGCAUCAGCCCUUGAAUACUAUUUUAGUACUAUGGCAAUAAAAAAAACAAUCCGCGGUUACUCGUAUUAUUUAUUCGAACGGUCUGGAAUCUUUCUAGAGAAUGUAUCUCUUCUCGUGUGUUUCUUUCAGAAAGAUUAUUCGGGUAAACGCGAACGGACAGUCGUCAGUCAACAUUGUACAGUAUAUGAAUGAAUGAUCACAGAAUCCGACACACUCGUUACUCGUGCGACAAGUGAAAUUCCUCUCUGUAUUCAACAUGCGCCGUCAAACGAAAGCACCUGAGAGAUUCCGAUCUUUGUUUCGUACGGUCGAAUUCUCCCCGAAAUCAAUCAGCGACACGGAUGUUCGUUCGGGCUCUGAGAUUACGCCGCAUCGUUGUUCGAGAUUGAUUCUAUCACUUGAAAAGUGACCGUCGCGAUCUGAUUAUUUUUAUUUGAAGCUGCGAAUACGCGGAGGGUCGGAUAAAUUAUGGUUGAAAUUUGUGAUAAGAUAUCUGCGGCUACGUUCAGGAGUUGAUUACGUGCACAUUAGCUAUCUGUUCAGAUUUUAGCGAGGUGAAGCCGACACGUGGAAUUUUAAUAAGAAGUCUCGUCACUUGACGCUCGAUUCUGCGCAGUUUUUUGCGACAACUCGUGUAAAUUUACGUUUUCUUAGCCGAGUAAGAGUUACGCGCAAGUACAAAUCAAAAGCAAUAUCGAGUUAAGUUCUCGAGUUCGCAUUGCGACGCUUUCGUAUUUCCGCCCGCAUGGUGGAUUGCGAUGAUUGUUUUCACAAUCCUAAAUUAUAUGGAAUUAUGUUGCGUUUCAACUUCCAGAGCUCGCUGUUAACUUCGUACAAUUUGAAAGAAGCACUGUGUAAUAAUGAGGAAAAUAAUGAUUGCGAAACAUGUGUGAACAAUGACGUAGAAGUGUUCGUUUACUCGAACGACGAUCAACGCCAGAGAGAGUUCGAAGGUAUACUGUAAAAUUAUAUAAAGAUAUUUAUUAGUUACGUUACACACACGGUCUUACCCCUCUAUGCCGUAUUGCGGCUUUACAUAUCAGUUUCACGAUUUAUACACGCCUCACCUUUCUUAUUGCGGCAUUAGACUUACGAGAGAAUGUAACAUUCCACGUUUCCGCGUGUGUUUAUGGAAAAAGGGGCGAUAGAGGGUUAAGAAAAUAAAAUGGAUAUUUGUCAGGAA